UCUGCCACUGUAAUCAUAACUGAUAACCCUCUAUGUACUGUGUACAUAAUUAUAUAUCUACAAUAUACACUGAUACUGUACCUCUUCAUAUUUUCUGUCCCUCUCUAUGUGCACAUAAAUAGAUAAAAGGAGAGGGUUAUUGGGUGGUGAAUUAAGAUCAGGUCCUGAGACAAAAACCAAACCAAAACAAAAAACAAAAAAGAAACCCCAUCUGAUAAUUAUCUGAUCUUUCCAUGUUGGAUUGCAUGGAUGGAUGAGAGCUCCUAAUUAGAAAGAGAAAGAGAUCUAGAGAGAGAGUUUGGAAAGAGAUAUAUGAUAAUAUAUCUGUAUGGCGUUGCAGAGUUGUUCAGACAAGCAAUAGCAAUCCAUGGCCUUUAGAUAGCGACUUGGAGAAUAACCCAUCGUCAUCAUCAUCAUCUCUUCACGAGAUUAUUAUAAUUUAUUUAUAUUUCUCUCUCUCUCUCUCUCUCUCUCUCUCUUGUUCUUUACCAUCCAAUAAACGAUGCCUUUCUGUGGCUAUAUCAUGUGUACUCCAAAACUGGGAUUCUCUCUACUACUUCUAGGGCUGCCCUUAUUAUAUUUUGUAGUCUUCCCUGUUGUUUUCUGAGAGAGUUUACAAAAGUGGGGUAGUACUUGAAAGGAAGGGUUAAAGUGGGAGAAAAAUAAAAGAUCUCUUAUUACAAACAAAGAGAUAUUAUCAGAGUACCACAGAAGGGGUUUUUUCUUUCUUUUCUUUUUCUUUUUCUUUUGGUAUUUGUUUUUCUCUCCUUGGAGUUUUCUUACCAUUAAGCAGGUGGCCAAAUGUUUUCAGCAGCCAUGUCCAAUUCAACGUCUUUGUCUACUGAUGAAGCUAGUGUUUCUUCUGGUACAAGAGUCCAGGAUUUUGGUGGAUUAUUCAAUCCGCUAAUUUCAUCCUUUAACUCUCCUCAUGAUCAUCAAGAGCCACAGAAACUUAAGAAGAAAAGAAACCUCCCUGGAAACCCAGACCCAGAUGCAGAAGUGAUUGCACUGUCCCCGAAGACCCUUUUGGCCACAAACAGAUUUGUUUGUGAGAUCUGCAACAAGGGGUUUCAGAGGGACCAAAACCUUCAGCUCCACAGAAGAGGGCACAAUCUUCCAUGGAAGCUGAAGCAAAGGAGCAGCAAAGAGAUAAAAAAGAGAGCUUAUGUUUGUCCUGAGCCAACCUGUGUUCAUCACCAUCCUUCAAGGGCUUUGGGAGAUCUCACUGGGAUAAAGAAGCACUACUGUAGAAAACAUGGUGAGAAGAAGUGGAAGUGUGAGAAGUGCUCCAAGAUUUAUGCUGUUCAAUCUGAUUGGAAGGCUCAUUCUAAAACCUGUGGCACUAGAGAAUAUAGAUGUGACUGUGGAACCCUUUUCUCCAGGAAGGACAGCUUCAUAACCCACAGAGCAUUCUGCGACGCAUUGGCUGAAGAAAGCGCAAGACUCUCAGCAAACCAGUUAGCCACCACCCUCCAACCUCUCUUCCCUAAUUUCCCUAAUAUUUCCCAUCAUCAUCAUCACUUCCUAAACCGACCACCUUUUCACAUUCACACUCAAACUCUCAAUAACAAUGUUAAUCCUUGGGACCCACCUCACAACAACCCUAACCCUAGCCACCACCAACUUCAUCAUCAGAUCAUCAUCAAGCCUGAAGAAUCCGAUCACCGCCACUUCCAAAUCCCACCUCCGCCGUCCGCGGCGCUGAUAUUGCCACCGGAACAACAACAGCAACAACCUCAACCUCUACAGAAGUCGAUCAGCAUGAAUAUCAGUACCACUAGCCUCCACGUGGCGCCGCAUUCGUCCGCCACGUCAGCGCACCUCUCAGCCACCGCGCUCCUCCAGAAGGCCGCGAGCGUCGGCCCGCAGCCGGCGGCGGGAGGCGCCCCCGGCCACAUGGCGGGGCUGGCUGACGUGGGCGGCGGCGAGUUCCUCGCCACGUGGCAGAAGAGCGACCGGUUCACGAGGGACUUCCUGGGCCUGACGGCAGUUGAUCAUGGCAACGGCCGCUCUGGUGGUGAUGGGGCCGGUGAUCGUAAUGGUGCCGUUGACAUUAGCGUGAGCGUGAAGGACAUGCUAACAUACGCCGGUGGAGUGGAGUUCGCGGCGUAUCAUGAGCGGGAAGGGUCGCUGUUGAAGCCGCAGGGCUUUGGGUUCGCGGCCGCCUCGGCGUCGGAGACGUGGGGGGAUUGUUAAGAGUUUGUGCUUGGAGGGGUAAAAGGGUAGUUUAAUAGACUUUUUUUUAUGUAUCGUGACAGAAAUACCCCUCCUCCUUGAGGAAAUAAUGAGGGAAGAAAUAUGGAAGAAAAGAAAACAAAAUGAGAAUUCCUCUUUUGUAUGCGGUUUAUCUA